CGCUCCUGUUUCUGUUUCCUUUUUUUGAUCAUGACGUCAUCAUGGCGACGAGUAAUCUGGGGAAAGAUGAGGAUGAUACCAAAAUACGUGAACCACGUGGCGAUGCAUCUUCCCUCACAAAAUAUUUACAGAUUAUGAAUUCUUAUGGACGCGAAAUUAUUUUUGUGAUAGCUCUCGUGUUCACAGGUAUAGCUGCUAUACAGAACGGACCCUUGAAAACAAAGAAAGUAAAUCCUCCAGGUAUUUUCUUUGUUCCUCCAUCUUUAGUCACUGAUUUUUACCAAGGAAACGUCCAGCAGUUGUUAUCGUUGCAAUCAGAAAAAGAUGUUUCAUUGGUCGUAUACUAUGCUCCUUGGGAUGCAGCAUGCAUUCAGGCCAAAGAAGAGAUUGAAACUGUUGCCAAAUUUUAUCACAAUGAGGUAUUUUUUGCUGCUAUAAACUGUUGGUGGCCUGAAGGUGAAUGUCGAAAGAAAUUUAGUGUUCCUUCAUACCCUGUUGUACUAGUCUACAUUCAUGAAAUAGGCAUUGUUCGGUAUGAGGGGCCACUCAUAUCUACUUACAUCAUAUCAUUCCUUGAUUUUGUUUUGACACCAUUAGUGCCUUUACAUCAUACAGGAGAAUUAUUAGAUCUUCUCACUAAGCAUGAAGGUGUUCUAGUAGCAUUUUUUGAAUUUAAAGAUGGCUCAUACCCAAAUGGCUAUAAACAAUUUUAUUCUGCUGCCAUUAAAUCAUUAAAUACAGAUCCAAAUAGAAGAAUAUGUUUUGCUGUGAUAACUAACAGGAAAGAUGCAUUGCAUUUUAAACUGAAAUCAGACAUCCAGUUAUUUUUGUGGAACUCAACUGAAGUAUAUUCUGAGGUAGUGCUAAAUCAUCUUGAAAUAUUAAAAUGGGCAUAUUCCAAUUUGAAACAGGUAACUCAAUGGAUAUCGCCUCCUGGUGUAAAAAGCAAGAUUUUAUCUGAAAAUAUUGAAAAAAAUGCAGCUUUAAUACUGUUUACUCCUCGAAACUUAUUAUUAGAAUAUUCUCCUUAUUAUAAUCUGUUCAAAGAAGUGGCUUUGGAUUACUUUAAUUGUAACAAGGGUAGUUUUGUAGAAUCAUUAAUUCAUAGACUGGUAUUAAAAAGACAUGUAUUGCAAGAAGAAUUCUCAAGGAUAAUUGGCAAAUGUCACAGAAAUUCUUCUGAUAAUGAUCCAAAUGUGUGCCGAAAGCGUCCAGAUAUGUGUGACCUCACUUGUUGUCAGUCUAUAAACUUAGAUUUAAAUUUUCGUCAUGCAUGUGCCUGUAGAGCUUGUCUCCAUCAUAUUGUAGAAGAUAUUGAAGAUAUGAAACUUUCUGAGUGUGAAAAUACUCUGAAUCUAAUUCUUAGAAAUUUCAAUUUGAACGAAUUAGGACAUUUCAGAAAUUGCAGUGAGAUAGAAGUAUUAUAUCCAGUCAAAUUUGGCCCAUAUAAGCAAUUAAGUUUUAAUUGUGAAACAGAAUCUCCUCAUUCUGGAAAAUCAUCAAAAAGAGAGUUAACCGAAAAGGAAAUUUCAGAAUUGAAAGAUGAUUUAAUAUUAACCAUGAUACAGAAUACUGAAAAAAGGCUCUGCCAUCGUUUGAGGUAUGCACUGAAUUAUUCAGAGCUUAAUUUUCCAAGUUUUCCAACUUCUGAUAACAGUUCCUGGCUUAGCAAUUUCACUGGAUUGGGUUGUAGAACUAAUAAGACACUGGCUUUUAUUGCUAUGGAUGUUGUGCUGUAUCAUUCCUUUGCUGAAAAUAUGGGUAUUGAUGUCACUAAAAACUACCAUCAAACAACUGCUGUAAUAAUUGAAGCUGUGCAGGAAAGUCAAUAUGUAUUGGAUGGGCAUAUAAAUAAAAAGGUUCUUGUGGAAUUUAUAAAAAACUACACUGCAGGAAAUUUAGAUCGCCACCUAAGAAUGCCUGUUCGAAAACUCGAAGGAUGUAGUAAAGAUGAGAAUGCAAAUGUGUGUGUUGAGGAAGUGACAACAGCUACUUUUUCUGAGAUAGUUUUGGAUAAAACAAAAGAUGUUGUACUCAUGUAUUAUGCAUCGUGGUGUGGAGCUUGUUAUUCUGUGUCACACAUUUUCCUAAGUGUGGCUGAUUAUUUUUCCAAUGUUCAAGGCAUAAAAUUUGCCAG